UCUCCUUUUUCUCCCAGUUCCCCGACGAGACCCUCCGAAGUGGGGAGCUGUUAAACAUGAUUGUCGCCGUCAUCGACUCUGCACAGCUCCAGGAGCUGGUUUGUCACGUCAUGAUGGGGAAUUUGGUGAUGUUCCGGAAAGAUUCGGUCCUUAAUAUUCUGAUUCAGAGCUUGGAGUGGGAGACGUUUGAGCAAUAUUGCACCUGGCAGCUUUUCCUGGCGCACAACAUUCCCCUGGAAACCAUCAUCCCCAUCCUUCAGCACCUCAAGUACAAAGAACACCCCGAGGCUCUUUCCUGCUUGCUCCUGCAACUGAGGAGGGAAAAGUACGUAUUUCAGAUUCUUUUUGCCUUCGUUCUUCCUUGUAGCCGGAGAGAAACAAGUGGGAAAUAAUCCAUUUCCCCCCCCUAACGGAAUAGAGA